UGGACAACCAUCCCGCAGCCAAAUCAUUACGGCUCAAAGGUCGAGAGAUAAUGCUUUUGAUAGCUCUCACCUGGUCUCUGGGCACUCUGCAUCGUCGCCCUUCAAGGUUGAGCUCGCGAUGAUGGCCACAGGAAAAAGCGAGAUGUCCGAUAACGCCGAGAAGGGUCCUGAUCUGCCGUCUCCUGAAAAUGAAAAGGAGCACAAAACACUCAAAUACUCGUUGCUGGGACCAUCCCUCCUAAAGGCCGGACAGGACUCUGUGGACCAAACAAAGGUCUCGGAAAUAAUCUACAAUGCAUCCAAGAAUUCCAAGUUCUUCCUGCGUGAGGAGCAAAAGGACAAAGUUCUGACGGAAAAGAUUGCCCGAAUCCAGGCCAAAAAGGCCCGGCUGGACAACCUGGACUUGUCGCGUGACCUUCGCCUGGCCGACGCCUACAUAGCCGAGCGCGAGCUCAGUCGGGAUCUGACGCAGGUGAUUGUGCACGUGGACUGCGACGCCUUCUACGCCGCCGUGGAGCAGCUUGAUCGCCCGGAACUGGUCGACCUCCCCUUUGCGGUUGGUGGCGGCGUGCUCACGACUUGUAACUACGUCGCCCGGACCUUUGGCUGCCGCUCCGGCAUGGCCGGUUUCGUGGCCAAGAAGCUCUGCCCCAACCUCGUAUUCAUCAAGCCAAAUUUCGAAAAGUAUACAGCAAAAGCCCAGGAGGUCAGAAAGGUGCUGGCAAAGUAUGAUCCUCGGUUCGAGAGCGCCAGCAUCGACGAGGCGUACCUAAACAUCACUCAGUACUGCGCCGACAACAACCUGGAGCCCGGGGAGGCGGUUGAGCAGAUGCGUCGUGAGGUUCAUCUCAGCACAAACAUUACUGUAUCUUCCGGAGUGGCCGCCAAUGCGAAGCUCGCAAAGAUUUGCGGAAACAUUAACAAGCCCAAUGGGCAAUAUGUGUUGCCCAGUGAGAGACCUGCCAUUAUAGAGUUCAUGCGUGAUAUGCCGUGUCGAAAGGUCAACGGCAUAGGCAGAGUCUUGGAGAGGGAGUUGCAAGCGGUCGGCGUCUCGACUUGCGGUGACAUCUACCCGCAGCGCAAAUACCUGACGCAGCUGUUUGGCGAAAAGGCCUUCAAGUUUUUGGUAGACUGCUAUCUCGGCCUAGGCAGGACUAAUAUCCAGCCCGCCGAGGAGUAUGAACGCAAAAGCGUAGGCACGGAGAGCACUUUCAACUCAAUCAGCGAGCCUGGCGAUCUGCGCAAAAAGCUUAGACACACGGCCGAAGAAUUAGAAAAGGAUAUGAAGCGAGCAGAGGUCAAAGGCCGCACGCUGGUCAUCAAGAUCAAACUGCACACUUUUGAGGUGUACACGCGCCAAGUCAUCCUGCCACGCUCAAUACAUCUCGCAGAAGACCUGUACAACUAUUCGCUGCCGAUGCUCGCGAGGUUGGAAAAGGAGAAACCUGGCUUUUCCUGCCGGCUCAUGGGUCUGAGGUGCACAAACCUCGUCAGCACCAAGAAGCCCGAUACGGCUGCAUUUUUUGGUCUCAGGGCACAACGGCCCGGGUCUGGUGACGCUGAUGUAGCAAAGGAGGGUGUGGACGAGGUCUCGGCAGAACCGGGUUUUAAGAUGGACGACGAAGAGUGGGAGCAAUGGCCUGAAGAGGAAUUGGGCGAAGCUGCGGAGGUGAAUGAGCAGGAGCGAGAGCCCCAGGGUGCAAGUCCAUACCUGAAAAACGGCAAGGUGAUCAUGCCGAACCCGAAGCCUGUCAAAGACCCUACGCCAGAAGAGGAACUGUGGGACUGUCCAAUUUGCGCACGACCCCAGACAGCCAACGAACGAGAGUUCAACGAGCACAUUGACAUGUGCUUGUCAAGGCAGGCAAUAAGGGAGACGGUCCAGCAAGAGGCCCGCAAUCCUUCUCUUGCAGAUGACAGAUCAGCUUCAGAAAACCGACGCCCUAAGCAGCUGCCGGAACGAAAGCGAGGCAGAACUCCCAAGAAUCCAGAUCCGAAGCAAAAGAAGAUUCGAUUUGGAUAAGCAUAUUGUAUAUAUUUAUUUCCCUCAAGGGAUUAUGAAUAAUGAGGAAUGAAUAGGUUAUUAGAAAACAGCAUACUUCAUAUCCACAGAAG